UUCAAAUUCGAAAUUAAAAUUUAGGAAAGUGUCAAUCAGACUUUUUUGAACGCACCGGUCAUUAGCACAUUUUAAGACGCUAAAAUCGAUAUUCAUGUCUCUGUUGAAGCUAUUUGUCUGCCUUGAAAUGUCGCAAGUGCCUGGAAAGUGAACGGAUUCUGUAGAGUUUUAAUAAACAAAGAACAGCGAUGAACAGUGAAUUCUACAGGUAAUUUGAAUGCUGUCGUGAAAGUCAUUAAUAUUAUUCAACGUUUUUUAAUUAAGCGUUCGAUCGACAGUUACGAAAUGUAUAAAGAUACAAACGUAUUGCAACAAGCAAAGCGAUUUUUUUAUAAAGUCUAAAAACAUUAUUUUUUCUGGUGGUUUUUAUCUGUGAACGAUCUGUUGUAGAGCGUAAGAUUACGAUUCAUAUUGACGUAGGUGAGAGCAGUUCCCCCCACAGCGCAGGUGAAGCUAGAUUUGUUGAAAUCCCGGGAUAAUUUUACGUGGAAAUCCAUUAUCUUGAACGUGAAAUUAGCCUAUUUGGAUGUAGGAUAAAAUAUCUUGCUUUGAUAUUUUUAAACACCAGAUUUAUUCUCUCUUUCGUCUAUAUCAAUGCUGUAAUGCAGUUUUAAACUUAACAGACAUGUUAAAAUUGAGUGUGGUUCUUUUCACGAUCGAGUUAGUUUUAGUUCGUAUUUAAUGGAACUAAAAUUAUGCAACCUCGAGUUGCCUUACAGUUCAUCAUCAAUGCGAUUCAGAAGCGCAUUUUUAGCAAGACUGAAGAACACUUCCUUAACCGAAUUUUUCCGCUUAAAAAGCGCAAUUCUCCUGUUCGCAAGUGAAACGUGACGUGUUGUAACAAUAGCGUAUUUUAAAAACGAAGACAAGUUUCAAGAUGCCAUCCCGCUGGCUCUUUCGUCACAAAACAAUAUAUCUUCCGCAGGUGCGGUACUUUGACUUGCUUUUGAGAUCUAAUCUUUGCAGGUAAAUAGCUCUGCGUUGAAACCUCAUUCAACUCUUUCGGCACGAUUUCGCCUUUCACGCCUACUUAAGGAAUCAUGAUUUUAAGGAAACAUGACCAGCGAAUUUCUGGAUAAAGAUUACAAAGAAGGUGAAUGCGUCAGUAAUCUUAUUUUAUAGUUGCGGAUCUCAUUAUUUUCAAUUCUAUAUAACCUCAUUUUACGAAAAUAUAUAUUUUUUUGGCUAGUAACGUUUAGUGUUAUAUUUAGCCAGCUACUAAUAUUUUAAACAAAGGCAAAACCGUAUUUGAUCUUCACUUUAGUUUUUGUACAUAAAUUAAAUCGUUUACCAGUAGUAAUAAAAAUCGAAUAACAAAGAUUGCGUUUUUUAGCUAGCAACUCUUUUUGAGCAGCCAGUUACUUAAUAUGUAGGAUAAACAAAUGAAAACAGCAAACCGUAUUUCGUGUUCCACUUCAAUCAAUCGUUUACCAAUGAUAUAUAUCAAAAAUUAAGAAAACUCUUCCGCGCACUAAAUAUCAGGCCUGCUUGUGACCGCCAUCGUCUCUCUUGAGUGUCCACAGAAAUAAUCUUUUUCAAAUGAUGAUUUUUUUUUCAUCCCAGUUUCGUUGGACUGAGCGAACGCGUUCAACUAACAGAUUAUCGUACUGACAUCUCGUAGUACUGGUUAGAGACCGCCUUUACUACUGAAUCUCAAAUAUUAGACGCAGAUGUGAACAAAUGGACAAACGUGAAAAGCGAAAUACUAUCAAGCGACAAUAUAUUAUGAAUUUGUCGGCUUAAAAUAAAUCUUUCUUAUACAGGUUGAGUUCCCCAUUCUUAAAAUGAAUACCAGUUUCAUUUUCAACAGCUAUCGUGACCCACAAGCUCAAAUAAAAGAAAGAUUUUACCGUAGUGGACGUGUCGACGAUUCUCUGCUUACACGGACAAAAUCCCUCCGGCGGUUUAAACAAGAGCCACUAAGGAACGCUUCCUUGUGCUCCUUUAUAUUAAGAAGUAGGAGCAGGUUAUAACUUUUUAGCGACGGCGUGAACUAAAAAUCUAGCUGAAUUCUAGCUUAAGUGAUCAGUCAAAUGAAAUGAGCAGUAUUUUCCCGCGGUGCGGCUGUUUUUUGUUUUAGUCAUACCAAACAAGGUCUUUUUAGACGAACCCAUUGAUGAAUCAACGGCGGGAGUCCAUCUACAGGAAAACUACAAUUGUGCUUUAUGAAUUCUGUGCGGUAAUUGUAGAAGGUGACUUACGGCCAGGCCUAUUUAUGCGGGGAGGAGCAAUUCUAACCUGAAGAUUACGACAUAGCAACCGAAACAUUCACACCGAAGAUGUGUAACGUGAGUUAACAAGGACAAGGGAGUCUAUAACGAGGAACUUUCAACUUCUAUGAACAUGUCAAGGUGUUUAAACAAACAGCUUAUUUUUAGAUCAGUUUUUCCACGAAUUUUGACGUCCACAGUUCUGUAAUCUUAAGGCGUUCAUUUUUUCGGGAGCUCAAAAGCAGGCGAAACGACCAAGAAAGAAAAAAAGGAACGCUUGGGUAUCACCACUCUUUUCGAGCGUUCCUUUCUGAUCGCUCUCGAACAAAAAGAACGCCUGGUCUCAAGUAAACUCCUGGACUUCAACAAGUACAUAUAGGCUGGAAAAUGUUGAUCUUGAGGAUAAAAAAUUGGUCACACUACUAAUGCCGCUCUCAGCUCCGUGGAAUAGAACGUACACAUUACAUAGUCGAAUCUUUAUCGGCUCCACAUUACAUUAAGCAGUAGCCUGUUCCAGGCUCCGAGAUAGUCGGGUUCGCAAAAUUAGGAAGCUUAAGCAACAACGUUUUUGAGCGACGCACGUCAACCGGAAGUGGCCUUUUUUCAUUUUUUGACGGUGGUUUCGCGCAAAUUUUCAGUCAAAUCGCCUCUAUAACAGUAAAGAAGCUAAGGAAUAUAAAUUUUAUAUCAUCAAGGCAUGUUAAGAGGGAAAAUACCUCACUUCCGGUUGACGUGCGUCGCUCAAAAACGUUGCUGCUUAAGCUCCCUAAUAAGAAAGCGCGAACACGAAAAUAAAACGGGGGGAAGCUGGGGAGAGGACGUGUGCUUUUCACGUGCGCGCCAUACCUAUUGUCUGAGAGCCUGGGACAAACCAGGAUGCAAGGGUCCAGCGAACUUAAACAAUAUGCGAAAAUCGAACAAAAAAUAUACUAAUUUACAACUUCUUUAAUCUGAAACAUUAAAAGACAAAGAUGAUUACCUUGAUGCAACCAUGAUAACACGAGAAAUAAAAUCGCGAAAUCCUAAACCUUAUAGCUUCUUUCACAGGUUGCACAAAACAGAUUUGUCUUUCUUGCUUCUGAAUUUAUUACAAAUAUUUCUUCUUUUCUUUUUCUUUGCUUUUUACUUAUUAUCUGUAAUAUCUGAUUUGUAAUAUAAAUAAUUUGGUACGCCUCGACUAGCGUUUUUCUUUUGCUAACUGCGUGGCAAGAAAUUGUACUUGCAAUAUUAUGAUACUAAAUGUCUUGUCUUGUCUGGUCUAAAUGGUAAUAGGAAUAUCAUUUUCCUGAUGCCGGAAGAAUAGCUGUAUUCAUUUAUCGAAAUAAGAAUGUCAGAAUAAUUCAACAUAUAUAUUCAGUAUUUAUGCAGUAAAGCAAGUGCUUCAACUCAUUCAACCUGGUGUCUCGUUCGGUGAAUAGGUACAGUAAAACAUUAGCAAUAACAUUAUUAAAAAUUCAUUGCUGUAUUCACAAACGAGCCAAUGGGAAAACGUGUUUUGACGCGGCCACCCAACGUUUUCGAACUUAGCAACUGACAUUUAAACUAACACCUUUUUCCUCAUUGUCAUAUUUAACAUCAAGAGGGAUAUUUCAGUUGAGUAUAUGAUUAGGAGAACGAUAUUGUUUCAACUCUACCUGCGAUCGCUUGAAAUUGUAUUUUAAUAACGCAUUUUAAUCAGCAUCGUUGAGUGUUAUGAUCAAUACCUUGUCGAAACAACCUAGGUGACGAACAACGAAAGAAACCAUUAGGGUUGCAUUUGAUUAUUUCUGCAUUGUUAGAAGACAACAGGAUAUCUUUUAAAAGGAGGCCGAACACUUGAGCAUUUGUGAUGUUUUAUUUGUGUUAUUGAGCGGCGUUUGUUACCGUAUUUAUGCUGCGUUGUGGAGUGUAACAUGCAGGAUAAAAAGCCUUGACCGGAAAAGAUCGCACUCGUCGAUUUAUUGAAACCUGACGGGUACAGUUCAUUUUUUUUUAGAUCGAAAUUGAAAACGGAUUUUAUUCUCUUAAUGCUGCAGUUGAGCCGUCCAAGAAUUGUUCUUUGAAAGUGACUACGCCGUGGAUCGAGCACCACUAUUUUAAUGGUAAGUCAACUUGGCUUAAUGAGAACUCAUUCAGUGAAUAAUCCCUAAUUGAAGCUGUAAACUACAUCCUUCGCACUUAUCGGUGUAUUUUAUUCGUAUGCAUUGAAGCUUAUCCUUUAAAGAAACUAUUAUAACCAAUCGUGUUUACAAAAUGACUGCUUUUGUUGCGAAAAAAUGGCGGCCCUCAAGGCAAUGGCAAUAAAUUCAAUACUGGCUUUGCCACAAUGCUUCCUUAAUUAAGGUUAGUUCAUUAUGGCUGACUUUUAAAAAUUCGCUUCUAGAGGUAUUUAUACUGUCGUAACGUGCAACUUGAGAGGAACCACGCUGAUAACUCACAUAUUUAAAUUGCAUUCAUUUUAAGAUUAAUUCACUGAAAUUGUAGGUUAGAUUUGAUCCUUCAAGCACUAUGGAUUUUGCAAGAAAAAGGCAACAAGUCAUUUCGACAAGGGUUUGAGUGCCCUGUGCGUAGUCAAUGAAAUUAUUCCAGCUCUGACUUCAUAGAUGUGUGUGCCAGGUUAACAUAUUGAUGUUUUGACUGACUUAGAAUCCUCUCUCUAUUUUACAUUUAUAUCACUGUUAAGUAUAAAGCAUAAUGGGGAAGCAGCGGCUGGAGGGGGGGUGGUAUGAACAACGAAUUGACAUCGGCUUGCACUUGCCUCGAAAAAAAAGUUUCGUCAUGGUCCUUUUUUGCUGCUCAUGUUACCCUUAUCUUUUCAAUCAGGGCAGCAACUACGUCUUAGAUAGUCACCCAGACUCUGCAACUACAGAAUGAUAAGCAACCUAGGCUCUAUACCAGCAAAGUCACCCUACAAAAGGGAGCGGCGUUCCUCAACGUUACCUCGUCGCCAGUCUACGGGAUAUGCGUGUUUACAAGGACUAAAACGACGGCGCCCAGACGCAAAGGUAAUCUUUAACGUCGGAGGCCGUCGAUUUGUCACGUGGAGGAACACGCUUAAGCGUUUUCCUGAGACGCUUCUGGGUUCGGAGGAACUAGUAGCGCGCUUUUAUGACAAGGAUAAAAAGGAGUAUUUUAUAGACCGCGAUCCACAUUUGUUUCGUUAUAUCUUGAAUUAUUAUCGCUGUGGGAAGCUGCAUCGUUCGUUCGAAGACUGCAAUGCUUCUUUCGAAGAAGAGCUACAGUUUUAUGGAAUCACUCCACAGGAAAUUCACGAGUGUUGCUUUGAUGACGAACACGAUCAAGAGAAUCACGAAGAAAGCAAAAGUUCUGCUUCGGACUUAAAGAGUACAGUUGAGAAGCCCGUAAAUCGAAGUCGUCUAUCUCGAGCACGUAACUGGAUGUGGGUGCUGUUGGAGGGUGAAGCACAAUCCGGUUUAAGGGCAUUCGUUGGCAUGGUGAUCAUAUACAUUGUAGGGCUUUUUAUAAUCCUCAGCAUUUUUACUACCGUCUACGAAACAGUUCCUUGUGAAAGCGAAGAAAAGUUCUGCAAGGAAAGAGUAAGAAUUCUAGAUCUUUUAGACGUCAUUUGCGUCGGUGUAUUCUCAGUGGAGUUCUCUCUCAGACUCAUAGUCUGUCCAAGCCUUACUAGCUUCGUUAAAAACCCAAUGAAUAUUAUCGAUCUUUUAUCGAUUUUACCUUUCUAUUUGACAAUACUACUACAGUCAGUGGUGGGGUCGAACUUAGAGGCUUUCGUAGUUCUUCGAGUAUUGAGAAUUUUUAGAGUUUUCAAGCUGACAAGACAUUCCAAACGCCUUCAAAGAUUUGGUGCCGCUAUGGUUAGCUGUGUGACGGAUCUCAUGUCGCUAAUGUUUGUAUUGAUUAUAGCAGUUGUUGUGUUUUCAAGCAUGAUGUACUUUAUUGAGCGUAAAGCAGUGGAUGGAAAGUUCACUAGUAUCCCUGACAGCAUGUGGUAUACAAUUGUGACCAUGAUUACACUUGGGUGAGUGAGUUUAUUACCAAGGCAUGUUUUCUGUCUAUAAGUGCUCAGGCAUUUUCAAGCAAGCUUAUCUCCCCCGGUGUGAUAGGCUCCUGCCCCCGGCCAUUUCUAAAGUUUUAAGACCCCUUGGUUAGGUUUCACAAUAUUACAACAUUGAUAGAGGCAAAAGGAUUGCGCGAGGGAGGUUACCCGGAGAGAAAUUGUAGAGAGUCAAAGGGGUAGCAACGACUUUCCCCUCCUCCCUUUUUACCAAUGAACUUCUUCUGCCCAAUUUAUGCGAGCGCAUUUGUGUAAACCCGCAAAGUCGACAAGGGAAUCUCGGAGAAUUUCGGUAGAACAACUUGCGCGUCUCGUUUAAUCAUGGUAAACGAUGGUCGUUACAUUUUUCUGUGUUCAUCACCAUACAGUACGCUAUCGAUAUUGCUGAUCCUAGCAGUAUGCAGAACAGGUGUCAUAUACACAUCGCUCCCAAGACAACCUCGUUUCCAGUUUUUUUCUCCAUUGAAGUCUUGUAGGGGCGGGCCUAUGCAAGAGUCUCCAUAGUUUUGUGGAUCGUGGGCCCACGUAGUGUCUGGGAGGUUCAAAUGCUGUCAGAAACAAAAGAUUAAUUCUAUGUCCAACGCUUGUGACUGGUUGACGAAUUAAAUCUCCCUCUCAUUCAUAGCUGCGCUUAAUAUUUUCCAUCUUUUCUCUUGGUAUAUUUUCCAGGUAUGGCGACAUGGUUCCUUCUACCCUUCUAGGCCAGGUGGUUGGAGCUGCUUGCUGUGUAGCGGGAGUGAUCCUUGUUGCACUUCCAAUUCCAAUUAUCCAGGAAAAAGACAUUUUCAAAAAGCAAAUGCUCAGUGUUUACAAUGUGGACGAUUUGCAAGCGAAAAUCAAGCAGAUGAGAAAGAAGGCGGAAAGAACUGAAAGACCUAGAGAUACAUAAACUUUAACUUCUGCUUAGAAGAAAAGAAGCGUCAAAAUGAAAUUCAUGUGACAAACGAUCACUAUUCAUCAAAAGCUACCAACAGACGAUAACGAGAUAGAGGGCAUUAUAGGGCGUCGGCCGGGAAAUGUGAAUUUCACCAAAGCUAUUUUUAGAGGUUGCAAUUAAGCGGAAGUCUAAUUCCUGGGACGCCCGCACAGUUUAAUCGAUUGUUUGUCAUCAAAUCUACGCGCGACUACCGCAAAGCAAACAAUGCAAAAUAUUGUAAUGGUGACACACCAAGGGAUCAUAACAUCCCGUUAUUCUCU